AUGGGCCAUAUGCUGUUCAAGUCCCUUGCAUCCAACCAAAGGAACCACAAGUAUAUGAAAAGCGGAAGACUACACCCCGUCUGCACCACCGAACUGGCAGACCUAGCCAAGCACCAAUCCGAAUUCGCCAAGCGCGGCGUCAAGCUGAUCGGCCUGUCCGCCAAUUCGAUUGAGUCGCACGAUGGAUGGAUCAACGACAUUACCGAGAUCGCUGGCUGUUCGUUGACAUUUCUUGUCAUUGGCGAUGAGGAUCGCAAGAUUGCCCAUACUUAUGAUAUGCUCGACCACCAGGACGUCACCAACGUCGGCGCCCGCGGCAUCGCCUACACGAUCCGGUCUGUGUUUAUCAUCGAUCCCAACAAGGUGAUCCGCCUCAUCCAGGCGUAUCCGGCCUCUACCGGUCGCAGCACAACUGAGCUGCUCCGUGUCGUGGAUUCCCUGCUUGUCACCGACAAGUACUCCGUCAACACCCCCGCCAACUGGGAGCCUGGUGAUGAUGUAGUCGUUCCCGCGGGUCUCACUGCCGAGGAGGCGCAGGUCAAGUAUCCAAAUAUGGAAACUGUGAAGCCGUAUUUGCGCUUCAUACCAUUGGCCAGGCACCAUCUUUAUCAGCAUUAG